CAUAAUCCCCGUCACAUUACAUGGGCAUGGGAAGAUCAUAACUGUACUUACACUACAUAGUACACGCUGUAAGAAGAGCACCAGCUACAUACCUACUUUCCGGUCAAUAAUAAGUGGUGAUGGUCUCUGGAGAGCCACGCUGUUGCACAGAAGAAGAUACUACUGGCGUGCAGACCCGACCAAGCUUAGUUAAACGCUUUUCAACAUCAUAAGCUUCCUUGGGAAGCUCCCGGCAUUUAGCAUGCACGCGACGCAGCCGUCAAGGGUGCAUAAUGGCAGCCAAGACAACUGCGCUCUUAAAGCAGCAGCUCGCGCCUUUCUUGGCUGUUGUGAAUUCUCAUCCCUUGUGGGAGCCAAGGAGCGUCAGAUUCGUGUGAGAAACCGCCAAGCAGUGGCCCGGGUAUGGUAAUCACGAGGCUUGGUUGGGCGUCUAUCAUCAUUUGUGUUUCCCAGGUAGAAUGAUAUAAUCCUACUGUAGUUCCAGCCUACAAACGCCAGUGUAAUGUUUAUGGUUUGUUCUAUUUGUGUCUACUCCGCCCUUUUCUUUUCUUACACAUCUGUAUAUACAUCAUCUUACUGCUGGGCAGUCAUAGAACCACUUUCCUUGUAAACAACAGAAAAAGAUAGAUUUUCCAUUCAUUUUUACCUCUUUACUCUCUUAAUCAUUUCAGUUGCUUUCAGCCUCUUACCACCUUCACAAUGACUACAUCACCGAAAGCGCUUCUGCUCCUUGCGUCGGCGAUACCGCAAGUCCUAGGAUUCUGUGGUGCACGUACCCAUCUAGACCGACGAGAGGAGGGAGAAACUGUGCCGACGGCCACUUUUGGUUAUAUCGGCACUGGAGGACCUUUGCUAUGGCAUCAUCUUAGUCCUGCUAAUGCUCUGUGUUCAACUGGUACGAACCAGUCGCCCAUUAACAUGGUUGAAGGGUCCUUCACGCUUGUGCCGGGCACAGACCUUACCGUAACUCUUCCCGAGGAAGUCGAAGAAGCGGAGUUCGAAAACCUCGGCAGCACAAUAGAGGUAGUGAUGGAGGGCAAGGGAGGAGCACUCACGCUUGAGGAAGUGGAAUAUGAGCUCCUACAGUUCCACUUCCACCAUCCCAGCGAGCACGUCGACAAUGGCGUCAGCAUGCCCAUGGAAAUGCACAUGGUUUUCCAAAGCGCGGAACAACAGCUGGCCGUGAUUGGGGUUUACGUCGACCUUGUCGACUCCACGUCAGCGAACGCAACUCGAACGCUCCGACGACGCGCCACCGCCUCCGCCAUGCUCGAGACUAUCUUUGCCUCCAUCGACGCCAUUGCCACACCGGGUACAGUUACUAAGACGGGGGCUUUCAGCAUGACCGAGCUGAAUGAGAUGCUCGCAACCACGGAGUUCCAGCGCUACGCCGGUUCCCUAACCACGCCGCCUUGCUCUGAAGGCGUUCAGUGGUCGGUCCCUACAAGCAAGCUCACUCUUUCUCGCGCUACAUUUGCCAAGGUGAGAGAUGUAGUCGGCUUCAACUCACGUUUCCCCCAGAAUACCCCCGGCAUGGCCAAUUUGAUUGCUAUGUCAGCUCUGGCUUAAGAAAUCUGAGUGCCGCCUUGGGCUUUGUGAUCAGACAAGAUGGACAUACAUAUAGACGCAUACUUAUCACUAUCACUGGGACAAUGUUGGUAAAGAGUUAAAUUUCGUAUAGCUAAUAAUCUGAGCUAGUGCUCGCAUCUUUUUCUGAACGUCAGGUUCUACUAUAGUGUGAUAUAAGUGAUAAAGUUCAUAUCUAGAUAAUAAAUGACUAGCUCGUGAAUUCCUACUGUCUCUUGAGCUUAAGUUAUCAGGAGGAUGGCAAAUAUUUUAAUGAGUAAGAAUAGGUG